AUUGUAGUGAGCUGAGCAAAGUUCCAGGGUUGGAAGUCCCUGCUCCGCGCUCCACCCCUGGUGUUCCUGAUCUCCAGGUCUUUGUCCCCGGAACUCGCACUCACUCCUGGGUGUCCAGCAGGGCUUUCUACUCGCAUCUGGAUCCCAGCAAACAGCCCAGCGGUCCGGUGCUACAGAAACCACGGCGUCUUUAAGUUUUGAAAAGAAAGCAAAAGAAGAAAAGAAGACAGAAGAAAUCCGACUCGUUUUGUUUGUUUUGUUUUUCCUCCGGUAACUUUCUGCAGCCUGCUGUCCUCCCCGUGGUUUACGCUUUCAUCGACGCUGUGAAGCAGUAGUGUGGCUGAGAUUGUCCAAGAAAAAAAAGUUUUUACACGUUUAAAAAACGCUGUUUUCACCCGCACAGUUUUGUCUUUUUAUCGAGUCUGGUACUCGGUAUUUAACAGGCGUAUCUAGCUUUUAAACGGACGUUAUUUGAGCAGGUUUUAGAGUUAUUUUCGGUGUUUUUUAGUAGUUUCAGAGCUGGCCUCAGAGCUGCGGUGAAUGAAGUAUCUGUUGAGCGUCUCCAUGAGGAAACUCUGCGUGGGAUUCGCAUAAACAUUGUCCCAUCUUACACACACCUGAGAGACCGUACACCUAUUUUCCCCCUUUUUUAUUAUUUUUUAUUGUGUUUUUGGCUUUAUCUGAUAAAAUGAAGACGCUGUUGGUGCUGUGUGUGGUUUGCACGCUGGUUGUUCUCUCUGUUUCGGGGACUGCGGAGCCAAAGUUGAAAAACUGUAACGAAGUUCGUGAUGCUUUCAGCUCCAAAGGCUUCAACAUUAACGAUGUCCCCAACAAAGGAGUCAACGGAGCCCCCUUGAAAGUGUGUCCACAGGGUUUCUCGUGCUGCACGGUGGAGAUGGAGGAGAAGCUGAGCCAGUACAGCCACUCGGAGAUCAAAGCUCCCGUGUCCAGGCUUAGCACCAACCUACAAGCCACUUUCAAACAGAGGCACGAACACUUUGACAAGUUUUUCCGCGAGCUUUUAAAAAAUGCCGAGGUGUCGCUGCACAACAUGUUCGUGAGAACGUACGGCAUGAUGUACGUGCAGAACGCCGAGCUGUUCAAGAACUUCUUCAGGGAUCUGACGCGGUACUACGUGUCUGGUAGCUCCUCCGUCAACCUGGACUCCAUGCUGGCGGACUUCUGGGCCGACCUCCUGGAGAGGAUGUUCCGGCUGGUCAACGUGCAGUACGAGUUCAGCGACGCCUACAUGGAGUGCGUCAGCCGGCACACGGAGCAGCUGCUGCCCUUCGGCGACGUGCCCCGCAAGCUCCGCAUCCAGCUCACACGAGCCUUCGUGGCCGCUCGCACCUUCGUAUACGGCCUCGCGGUCAUGCCAGAUGUGGUCAAUAAGGUGUCAGCUGUCGGGGCGUCUCCCAGCUGUGUGCAAGCGUCCCUGAAGAUGUUGUACUGUCCCUACUGCUCAGGCCAAGUGGCCCUCAAGCCCUGCCAGAAUUACUGUCUGAAUGUGAUGCGUGGCUGUUUGGCUAACCAGGCUGACUUGGACACAGAGUGGAACAACUUUCUCGACUCCAUGCUCAGUCUAGCCGAGAGGCUCGAGGGUCCCUUUAAUUUUGAGUCUGUCAUGGAUCCCAUUGAUGUCAAGAUUUCAGAGGCCAUCAUGAAUAUGCAAGAGAACAGCAUGCAGGUAUCUCAAAAGGUUUUCCAAGGAUGUGGGAUGCCUAAACCGAGCACGGCCUUCCGUUCCACACGUUCUGUCAAAGAAACCGGCUUUACCGGCCGUUUCCGCCCUUACAGUCCAGAUGCAAGACCCACAACUGCUGCUGGGACCAGUUUAGACCGACUGACCGCUGAAGUGAAGAAGAAGCUGAAACAUGCGAAGAAGUUCUGGUCGACGUUGCCUGAGACUGUGUGCGCAGGUGAGAGGACCGCACCUGGUGACGAGUGCUGGAACGGCACGGCCAAAAGCAGGUAUGAGUCGGUUGUCAUUGGUAACGGGCUGGCCAACCAGGUAUCGAACCCAGAUGUGGAUGUGGACAUAACGAAACCAGAUUCUGUGAUUCGGAGUCAGAUCGCGACUUUGAAGGAAACAACGAGCAGGCUUAAAGCAGCGCACAAAGGCCUUGACAUCACUUUUGACAUAGAUACAGAAGGCAGUGGAGGAGAGGAGAGCGGCAGCGGUUGCGAUUCUCCAUCUUGCAACACAGAUCAGGACAUUUACUUCUCAACUCCUCCAAACCCUGGCAAUCCCCGGAUUAAUCAAGUGCACAAAAUCCCAUCAGCUGGGGCGGCCUUCCGGGCUAGCAUGGCGCUGGCGGUCUGCGGGUUGGCCCUGGCCAUGCUUGCCGCUCACUUGAGAUAAAACUGGCAGGAAGAGUGCGACCAGUAACAAAAAAACGAAGGGGAAAGCUGUCAGAGACUUUUUUUUAAAAAACUGCCUUCAGGACCUCAGACUGUCCGCUAUUUUGGGGGGGAAGCUCGUCUUGAUAUUACAGUAACUUCACUAUUAACUAUUUGUAUGUUUUUAAAGACAUCGUGUACAGCAGUAUGAUUUUCUUCCCCCGAAAAAAUCCCUCCCCCCCCCAGAUAAACCGAUACUCUGGCGGCUCCGUUGGAGCUUCCUUGUGGUUCUACAUUACAAACAUGAUAUAAUUGUCUUAUUUUUGGCGAUUUAAUCUCACAGCUCAUCUUGUGCCACCUUUGGUGAUUACGAUCUAAAUAUUUAGAAAUAUGUGUGGGUGAAAAGGAAGUGCCUGUUUUGAGACAUUUUCAUAUUUCUGAGGAUGCUCUUUCCAUUUUUCAGAGAACAGAUGACUGAAAGGAACAUUUCAUUGCAACUCUUUUGCACGUUUUGAAUGUGCACAAUGCAGCACAUUUAGAAACAGUGAACAGUUUUGCUCCGCGAGCUCAAACAUACAUAUUGUAUGCCUGCUAUGAGCAUUAUCACAACUUAAAUUUAAUAUCCUUUAAGUUAAUUUCUUCAGCUUGAGCAGUUCAGUAGUUGGUUCGUACCUCACGCUCAUACUGUCGUCAGUGGAAACUAGUGAUGUUGAGAUGAAAGUUGAUAGAUAUGUGGCUCCCCCAGAAGAAGGCAAAGCUGACAAGUCUUGGAUGCCCUUGUUGGUGCUGUAAGCUCAGUUCAGCACAGACGUUCUGACUCUAUACAGUCUUACUUGUUUGAACAGGAAAAAGAAAGAUGGCGACAUGGUUGUUACGAGCAUUUCAUGUUAUAACAAAGAAGAGGAAAAAGGAGUGUUUUGAUCUAGAUAAAUAAAAAAAAAGAUUAUUUUAAUACAGGGUUUUAUGUUGAGGAGGUGUAAUUUUAGCUAUUUUUUGGUAUGAAGAUAUAUAUUUGGUACUACAGCGGAUUUUACUGCUAGUUUUUGGUGGUGAAAGAGGACAUUGUGCACAGAAAAGGGGGCACUUUGGUCAAUGUGCACAGUUUGUUUUUUUUUCCCCCCACAUGCCCCCAUCCCACAACACACACACGUACCUCUUAAAUGGCCUGUGUCAGUAUAAAUGGACUCAUCCUGAACCGUUUGGUCUACCAAUCUUCACGUUUGCAUCAUUUCGUCUUGAGGAUUGUUUUGUCACAAUUACUUUUCUUCUCCUUUUUUUCUUAAAUCUUUGAUACUUAUCAGCAUCUCCUCAUGGUUUAAAAAACAAGAACGAUUGUAGAUGUUGAUGAAUUAUGAUCUGUCUGUACGGAUUCCCUGAAGCACAAUGAAAUAAUUAGAUAAUCAGGUCUGUAAGUGGCAUUACCUGGCCAUUUCAGCUCUAAAAUGAUGCUGCCUCUUGUAGCUUUUGUACAGUAACUUAUCUCUGUAUUUUAAUGUCUUUGCAAGAAAAAGGGCUUUUAGAAUUGACUAAUAACCCCCCAAAAAAUCAAUGUUUUCUGAUAUAAAGAUGAAAAAAAAUCCUCUUUUCUUACCAUAAUUUAUUACAUGGAUCAAAUUAUUUGGGUUUGGAAAAAUCAUUUUGUGUAAAUUAACAAAAACUUUGAGGCUUUCUGUGCUGCUCCGAAACUGUAAAUGCAACACAAACCUCUGGCUACUUAGGCUUUGAAAUUUUCAGGUCGACCGUGAUCUUACAUGACAUUUUCUUCAGGUUAUCAAGAUUUGUUCCAACUCAUCUUUAAGAAUCUGACUGAAGGAUUUGAUGAAACAUCUAUGCAACCCGUACAAAGUGCUGAAGCCCUGAUGUAAAUGGCCAAGCUGCCCAUCAGCAGCUUGAUUUGGCAUUACUUCUGCAGGUGACCAGUUUUCAUUUCUUUUUUUGUGUUCCACAAACAUUUCUACAAGGGCUUGUGCACGCGUUUGUGUCAUGUUGGAAGAGUUGUGCCAAGCGCAGAAGAAACACAACUUUCUGGGAGUUGGAGAAAAUGUUUCGGGUGACGAUGGUGAAUGUCUGUGCUUGCAGGCCAGGGCAGCAGCAUUUUCCGGCUGGCAGGAGACGGUCCGGCUGCUGGAUGUCCUAUUUCAUCCGCAGACCAACGUCACUCUCAAAAGUCGAGUUGGACAGGUGUUGAAACCUUUCCAUCUGCCUUUGGCCCUCAAGAGCAGAAAAGACUAGCUCUCUGAGGAGAGAGUGAGUGACUGACAAGAAUGGAGGGAAAAAAAGUGUAAAUAAAGAGCAGCCAUUUUUAGAUGUCUCUAAAAGAGGCCUUAACAGUACACCAGAUUUUUACUUGUCAGAGUAUCUCCUAAAUGUUAUGGAAAAACAAGAUGAGAUAGAUGUUAAAUUGUAAGAGAAAUUGUAUAUUAAACAUUUCUUAGUCUUGUUGAAAUAAAGACUGCCAAUAUUUAAA